GGAUUUAGUGAGAAAAUGCCAAGUAGGAAGACUUGUUGGUCUUCUGUAGGGAAACAGGGGGCAGCAGUGAGCUCACGGCUUGGUGCAGCAGCAUUAGAGACAAAGAAGAAGAAGACACCGCACUCCAAAAGUAGUCUACACAAAGUGAUUAUGGAGGGGGAUGAGAUUGAGAUGAGCGAAGAGGAGCUCCAAAAGUGGAUCAGAGGGAAGGUAAAGAAGAACAAGCUGAUCUCCUCAGAUGUGCUAGAAAAAUGCAAGCUGCUGCAAUCUCUGCUGGAGAGGAGGGAGAAACAGGCUGCCCACUUCCUAAAGCUCUGCGAGUCUGUGUCAGCAUGUGAAGCGAUUGUGAGGAAACAAUACUCUUUGCUGGGGUGGGAAUACAGAGACACAGAUUCUGAUGAAGACGAUAAUACAACAGGCUCUGGAAAUGCCAUCCCCAGCCCUAUUCCUCUGUUACCAAAGCUACAGGCCAAAGGGAACCUCCAAAGAGAGAAUGGCAAAAAAAGCUCUAUCAGUCUAAAGAGAAAACCAGUGGUGGUCUUGACCAGACUUUCUAUGUCUCAGAUCAGUUCUUUACGUCCUCCAACGCCCCAGAAUCACAACAGUAAAGAUGAAUCCUUAAACAAUUCGGAAUCUGAUGGGCAGUGGGAACCACUUGAGUCAUCUUCUGAAUCAAGUGAUUCAGAUUUUUCUAUCUCAAGUAAUAAGACUUGGUCAAGCAAGAGGAGAAAAAAAGAUCAAAGGAAUUCAAAACUUACCAGGAGUCAUACAACACCUCAAGCUAGCACAAGUACUGAUGCUAAGAGCAACGUAGCAAAACCAUCAACACCCCAAGCUAGCACAAGUACUGAUGCUAAGAGCAACGUAGCAAAACCAUCAACACCCCAAGCUAGCACAAGUACUGAUGCUAAGAGCAACGUAGCAAAACCAUCAACACCCCAAGCUAGCACAAGUACUGAUGCUAAGAGCAACGUAGCAAAACCAUCAACACCCCAAGCUAGCACAAGUACUGAUGCUAAGAGCAACGUAGCAAAACCAUCAACACCCCAAGCUAGCACAAGUACUGAUGCUAAGAGCAACGUAGCAAAACCAUCAACACCCCAAGCUAGCACAAGUACUGAUGCUAAGAGCAACGUAGCAAAACCAUCAACACCCCAAGCUAGCACAAAUACUGAUGCUAAGAGCAAUGCCACAAAACCAUCAACAGUCCAAGCAAGUGCCAAUACGGAUGCCAAAAGCAACGUCACGAAAACAUCAACAAUGCCAGCAAACAGCAAGGUAACACACCCUAUGUGCAUUGUAACUGAUAGCAAGACCCCUCCUAGCGUUUCACAAGGAGAGCUCAAAGUGAACAUGAAUGUCCUGGCCAGAAGGAAGGUCAUGAGCUGGCAGCAGGGUAAAAUCUUGGAAAUAGUAACAAAAGAAGAUGGUAGGAUGAAAUACAAGAUCAAUUUUGAGGAGAAAAAAAAGACCCUAUUUUCUGGUCACCACAUCGCCUUUGACUACAUGCCAAAGGUGGAGCAGCUGUUUAUCGGUGCUCGUGUGGUAGUCAAGUCUCAAGAUAGAGAAUGCCGGUUCUGCCCUGGUGUCCUGGCAGAGCUCCCCAGCAGAAAAAACCGCAUGAGGUUCCUGGUCUUCAUGGAUGAUCACACGCCGGUCUACGUUGGCUUACCUUUACUUCACCUGGUGUGCAGACCAUUGACAGACCCUUUGGACGAUAUUCCCGAUGGCACCCACAAGAAUUUCAUAAAGCAGUAUCUAAAGGCCUGGCCUUACCCACCACAGACCCAGUACAGGAUUGGACAGGCAGUUAAUGCAGAAUUUAAUGGAAUCGUGCAGAAGUGUGAGGUGCAGGCGAUCGACAGCAGCUUGAUACAGGUUGUUGUUGAGACGGAUCAACAUAAGGAGUGGAUCUACCGAGGCUCCACGUGCUUGGAACACAUGAAGGGGCUUUUGGAGUCGAAAAAGAAGGAUGAGCAGAAGAAUACAUCUUCCACAGUUAACAGUAAAUCGAAUUCUACAACCUGAAGCCAUGAACCAAUCCAACCAGCUACGAGAUGAAUUGUGACCAUAAAACAUUUGAUUCGGCGCAAAAGAACAUUUAAAAAAAUGACAAAAAAGGCAAAGGUACAAGACUGUGUACAUAAACAAUCAUAGACUCCUGUGGUAGCAGCUCGCUAUAGCCGUUUGUGGGUUCGCGGGUGCAGUAAACAUUUUCAUUGCCACAGCGAGCUCCACCAAUCAGAGACAUCGCUGUUAGGAUUGUGGGUAGUGUAGUGCUUCUCUAUGACAUUGUGAAUAAAAUAUGCCUUUCGUAAAACAAGAUUGAUUUCAUACGGACUUGUGGCUUCUACAGGGGCAUAAAACAUUGUUUCACAAUCUCAGCUCGUGGUAAGUCUACCUAGGAUGGCUAAUAAUCAAAAUUCUUUUUCCAUUUUCACUUCUGGAACCACACUGUUGAGCUCUAUGGGCUUUUUUUUUUUUUUUUUUUUUUUUUGGCAGAGCAUUUUCAUUUUUAUCCGAAUACUUUUUCAGUAGUUUCAUUAAUGAUCAACCACUUAUUCUUGAUGCGCUUUAGAUACACGCCCAUCACAGCUUUCCGACCUUUUCCUUUUGAAAGUCUAGUUACACCUGGUCACUACUCACAAUUCGUGUCCGUGGUCCUACCUUUCAUAACAUUUUAUAUUGUAUGUUAGUUUUUUUGUAAACUAAAACAUUAUUCGAGUUACUCAUAUCUUUCUCUUUGGUAUUUCACUGUCUUGUAUACUUCAGUCAUCACAAUCGACACACAGAUGGGACCAUGAAUGUGUUUAGAGAACUGGAUGCUGUGUUCCAAGAUGGCACCCCAUGCAUUUGUUGAACCUUGCUCACCAAGCAUAGACUCAUUUUAAAGAUUUUAACUGCUUGUUAGGACUUUCUUGAAACUGUCUUUCUUACAUUGUUUUAAGUGUAUUUGUAUUGUAGUUUUUUUGUUAUUAAAUAAAAAAUUCUUAAGACUUUCU